GAAUAUUCUUGGUCCUCUUGAGAUGCUUACAACUCAGUUGAAAUUGGCUCUCAAAGUGGAAUGGAAAGAUUGGAAACUAACACUAUCAAAUCUGUUUCUCAACGCUUAUCGCAAGAAGUUAUCCGAACUUUGGGAUUUUAUGGAGGAGAAAAAAGAAAUUCUGCUCAAGAAGCCAGUUAAAGAUCUAGAUGAGGUGAGAUUAGCAAUGGCUUGCCUUGAUGCCAUCCGAGGAAACUUUAUCAGAUUGGAUAGAGAGUUGAGUGCAAUUGAGGAAGCUUACGCAAUAUUUGCUAAGUUCAACAUAAAAGUUCCACCCGAAGAUAUCGAGAAAGUAGAUGGACUGCGAUUCAACUUUGAAAACUUGAUCCAAUAUUCCAAAGACAUGCAAGAGUCGUUGUGUGCCAGCCAAGGCCCGCUGCAAGAUGAGUUGAUUGCCAAAGUAGCUUUAUUCGCUGCCGAAGUAGAGAAGUUUGACAUUGACUUUGAGACUGACGGACCCAUGGUGGACGGUCUUGAGGCGAAAGAGGCCAGCGACAGGGUGUUGCUGUUCCAAGGCCGAUUCGACGAGCUUUGGCGGAACUAUGAGGUGUUGAGUAGUGGAGAGAAGUUGUUUGGCAUGCCUGUACACGACUACCCUGUGCUCAUCGAGCGGAAGAAACAAUUCAACCUGCUACAGAAACUGUACGGGCUUUAUCUGAUUGUGAACAAGGCGAUUGACGGUUACUUUGAACUGGCCUGGCAAGACGUCAACAUUGAGGAGAUCAUGUCAGAGUUGACAGACUUCCAGAACAGGUGCCGCAAGCUGCCUAAAGGACUCAAGGAUUGGCCGGCGUUUAUAGAGCUGAAAAAGAAAAUAGAUGACUUCAACGAGUGCUGCCCUCUACUAGAGAUGAUGGCUAACAAGUCAAUGAAGGAAAGACAUUGGCUGAGACUUGAGAAACUGCUGGGAGUCGUGUUUGAUGUGGAGAAUGAUGAGUUUACGUUGAAAAUGGUCAUGGACGCUCCACUGCUCAAGUACAAAGAUGAUGUUGAGGACAUUUGUCUCAGUGCCCUAAAGGAGAGAGACAUUGAAGCCAAACUGAAAGAAGUAAUAGCAAACUGGGAAAGUGUAAUAUUGCAGUUCUCUACUUUCAAAACACGAGGUGAACUAUUACUAAAGGGAACAGAAACCCAAGAAAUCAACAGUCUCAUUGAGGAAAGUCUUAUGGUCAUGAACUCACUGGCAGCAAACAGAUACAACGCUCCUUUCAAGAAAGAAAUUCAGCUGUGGGUUUGGAAGCUGGGUACGACAGCGGAAAUUUUGGAAACAUGGCUUGUCGUGCAGAAUCUCUGGGUGUAUUUGGAAGCGGUGUUUGUCGGUGGUGAUAUUGCCAAGGAAUUGCCUGGCGAAGCGAAAAGGUUCGCAAGCAUCGACAAAUCUUGGGUCCGCAUCAUGACCCGGGCCAGACAGAUUGCAAAUGUGAUCGAGGUGUGUGUCGGGGACGAAAUGAUGGGACAACUUCUCCCCCAUUUGAGAGAGCAGCUAGAAACAUGUCAGAAGUCCCUUACUGGCUAUCUAGAGCAGAAGAGGUUGAUAUUUCCACGGUUCUUCUUUAUUUCUGAUCCGGCCCUGCUGGAAAUCCUGGGGCAGGCUUCGGACUCCCACACGAUCCAAGCGUAUUUAGAAGGAGUUUUUGAGAACGUUUACAGAGUGGAGUUUGAUGAGAAAGAAUACGAUAAAAUAAUAUCUAUAAUUUCGCGGGAAAAGGAGAAAAUUCAGUUGGAAAAGGAAGUUUGGUGCCAUGGAGGUGUCGAGAAUUGGCUGGGUAAUCUGCUAGCUCAAGCUAAGCUAUCAUUGCAGACUGUGAUUGCCAAUGUGUAUGCAUACAUGCAAGAGCCAGAGUUUACAGUACUGGAUAUGGUGUCAAGGUAUCCUGCGCAGGUCGGACUGUUGGGGCUUCAAAUGUUAUGGACAAGAGAUUCAGAGUUUGCUCUGCAGAAUUGCAAAUAUGACAAGUCACUGAUGAGGAAGACCAAUGAUAACUGGCUGCUUCUUCUAAAUCAGCUGAUUGAUCAGACCGCUUUGGACUUGGCCAAGUUUGAAAGAGUAAAAUAUGAAACUUUGGUCACAAUCCAUGUGCAUCAGAGAGACAUAUUUGAUGAUCUGUACCGAAUGAAGAUUCGAUCUAAAGAUGACUUUGAAUGGCUGAAGCAAGAAAGAUUUUAUUUCAAUGAGGAAACAGACGAAUGCAUCGUCCACAUCACCGAUGUCGUGUUUACGUACCAGAACGAGUUCAUGGGUUGUACGGAACGUUUAGUGAUCACUCCACUAACAGACAGAUGCUACAUAACCCUUGCUCAAGCAAUAGGCAUGUCCAUGGGAGGCGCCCCUGCAGGUCCAGCUGGUACUGGGAAGACCGAGACUACCAAAGACAUGGGCAAAUCUCUUGGCAAAUAUGUGGUUGUCUUCAACUGCUCUGACCAGAUGGACUUUAGGGGUCUCGGCCGUAUCUACAAAGGGUUGGCACAGUCAGGUUCGUGGGGAUGUUUUGAUGAGUUCAACCGCAUAGAGCUGCCUGUGUUGUCAGUAGCAGCUCAGCAGAUACACAUCGUGUUGACUGCUCGGAAAGAACGAAAAACCACGUUCUUGUUCAGUGAUGGGGACACUGUGACGUUGAACCCAGAGUUUGGGUUGUUCAUCACCAUGAACCCAGGGUACGCAGGUCGUCAAGAACUUCCGGAGAAUCUUAAGAUCAUGUUCCGCAGCGUGGCUAUGAUGGUGCCAGACAGACAGAUCAUAAUGAGAGUGAAACUGGCGUCGUGCGGGUUCAAAGACAACGUUCCGUUGGCCAGGAAGUUCUUUGUGCUUUACAAGCUGUGCGAGGAACAACUCAGCAAACAGCGACAUUACGACUUCGGCCUUCGCAACAUCUUGUCUGUACUGAGGACUCUGGGAGCUCAGAAGAGAGCAAACCCAAGUGAUACAGAGGACACCACAGUCAUGAGAGUGUUGAGAGACAUGAACGUAUCCAAGCUGGUAGAUGAGGACGAGCCGCUGUUCCUGUCUCUCAUUGAAGACUUGUUUGUUGGACUGAAGUUGACGACCAGCGUGUACAAAGACCUUCAGAAGGGAAUAGCUAGUGCAUGCAAUGAGAAGAACCUCGUCAACCAUCCACCGUGGAACCUUAAAAUCAUUCAGUUGUAUGAGACCUCCUUGGUGAGACAUGGUCUGAUGACCCUGGGUCCGACAGGCGCUGGCAAGACUAAGUGUAUUGAGGUGUUGAUGAGAGCCUUGACAGAGUGUGGUCGUCCUCACAAGGAGAUGAGGAUGAACCCUAAGGCAAUCACAGCUCCACAGAUGUUUGGGAGGUUGGAUGCCGCCACCAAUGAUUGGACUGACGGGAUAUUUUCUACUUUAUGGCGUCGUUCACACAAGAUCAAACAGAGUGAAUACGUCUGGAUAGUACUGGAUGGCCCAGUUGACGCUGUGUGGAUUGAAAACCUCAACUCUGUAUUGGACGACAACAAGACACUGACUCUGGCCAACGGAGAUCGUAUAGUGAUGGCUCCAAACAGUAAACUGGUCUUUGAGCCUGAUAACCUGGACAAUGCCUCGCCUGCCACAGUCAGCCGCAUGGGUAUGGUGUUUAUGUCUGCCUCCGUACUGAGUUGGCAGCCUGUACUGGACGGCUGGCUGAAACUGCGAUCACAAAGAGAAGCCGACGUACUACGCCAGCUCUUCCACAAAAUCUACGGAGACCUUCACACAUUCGUACAGACCAAGCUGGUCGCCAAGAUGAAAAUCCUCGAAGCUCUCUACAUCAGACAAGCCACGGACCUUUUGACUGGACUGCUACUUAGCGAAGACGAACACAAAACCUUCUCCGAUCUCCACUUGGAAAGACUCUUCCUGUUUACGCUCAUGUGGAGUCUCGGCAGUGUUUUGGAGAAUGAUGAACGUAUGAAAAUGGAAGAAUUCAUUUUGCAACAUCCGUCCAAACUGAAGUGGCCCAAGUUGAAAGAAGGAGAGACGAUAUUCGAGUAUGUUGUUGCCGAGACAGGAGAUUGGCAGCAUUGGUCGGAGCGAGUGGAGGAAUACGUUUAUCCGCCAGACUCAGUACCGGAGUACUCGAGUAUACUUGUGCCUAAUGUAGACAAUGUGCGUACGGCGUUCCUCAUACACACGAUCGCCAAGCAGUGCAAAGCUGUUCUUCUGAUUGGUGAACAAGGGACAGCGAAAACUGUUAUGAUAAAGAGUUACAUGGCUGGAUAUGACCCGGAAGUUCAACUCAGUAAAAGUCUCAACUUUUCCUCUGCUACAACUCCAAACAUGUUUCAGAGGAUUGUUGAGAGCUACGUAGAGAAGCGAGUGGGCUCCACUUAUGGCCCUCCCAACAACCGUAAGAUGACGGUGUUCAUUGACGACAUCAACAUGCCAGUGGUGAACGAAUGGGGGGACCAGGUGACCAAUGAGAUUGUCCGGCAGAUGAUGGAGAUGGUUGGCUUCUACUCUCUAGACAAACCCGGCGAGUUCCUUACCAUCAAAGACAUUCAGCUGUUGGCAGCCAUGAUUCACCCUGGGGGUGGGAGAAACGACAUCCCUCCUCGACUGAAGCGCCAGUUUUGCAUCUUCAACUGUACUUUGCCCUCGGACAAGUCCAUGGAUAAGAUAUUCAGUGUGAUUGGCGAGGGCUACUUUUGUCUGACCCGUUUCCAAGAGGAAAUCGUAGAGUUCCUGCCUCGCCUUGUGCCACUCACCCGUAUGGUCUGGCAACAGACGAAGGUGAAGAUGUUACCGACUCCAGCGAAGUUCCAUUACAUCUUCAACCUCAGGGAUCUCUCCCGCAUAUGGGAGGGAAUAUUGAAAAUACAGGAGGCUGAGUGUCCCAACGCUACGAUGCUUCUCAAGUUGUGGCGACACGAGUGCUACAGAGUUAUUGCGGACAGGUUUACAAAUGAAGCGGACACAAAAUGGUUUUCAAACAACCUGCUGAACACGACUGUUGCUUACCUUGGGGAAGAUGCUCACCUGUUUGAUGAUAGUGAAACAUAUUUUGUCGAUUUUCUGAGAGACAUUCCCGAGCCUACUGGUGAUGAACCUGAUGACUUUGUCUUGGAAGCUCCCAAGAUAUAUGAAGAAAUACCGAGUUGGGAGUCGCUGAGAGAGAAGUUGCUGACAUACAUGGUGCAGUACAACGAAUGUGUGCGAGGAAUGGCCAUGGACCUUGUGUUCUUCAAGGACGCGAUGAUUCACCUGAUGAAGAUAUCCAGGAUCAUCAGGACGGCUCGGGGCAACGCCAUGCUGGUUGGGGUGGGCGGCUCAGGCAAACAGAGUCUCACAAGACUGGCGUCUUUCAUAGCCAACUAUCAGACACACCAGAUAACACUGACCAGAUCCUAUAAUGUCGGGAAUUUUAUGGAUGACUUGAAAUUCCUCUAUCAAGUAUCUGGAGUUCAAGGGAAAGGAAUUACUUUCUUAUUCACAGACAAUGAUGUCAAGGAAGAAGCGUUCCUAGAGUUCCUAAAUAACGUCUUGAGCGCUGGAGAAGUGGCCAAUCUAUUUGCAAAAGAUGAACUGGAUGAAAUCACCAAUGAGUUAGUGCCAGUAAUGAAGAGGAAGCAACCAAAAAGGCCACCAACACGAGACAAUCUUUACGACUUCUUUAUUUCAUCUGCUCGAAAUAACCUCCACAUCGUAUUGUGUUUUUCACCGGUCGGUGAGAAAUUCCGCUCCAGAUCAAUGAAGUUCCCUGGAUUGAUCUCAGGCUGUACGAUGGACUGGUUCUCGCGAUGGCCCAAAGACGCGUUAAUAGCAGUGUCGAGUCACUUCCUCAAGAACUUCCCCAUCGUCAGCUCACCCAGUGUUAAGGAUUCACUUAUUGACGUCAUGGCCGAAGUUCAGGACAUUGUGGCUGACACUUGCGUCCAGUAUUACAACAAAUUUCGGCGACAGUCGUUUGUGACACCCAAGUCGUUCCUCUCGUUUCUCGACGGGUACAAAGGCAUAUACAAGCAGCGGCUGGCAGACAUUGAGGUGAUGGCAAAGCAGAUGAAUGUCGGCCUUGAGAAGCUGAAGGAGGCAGCCAUUAGUGUGGAAGAGCUGAGUGUGGAUCUAGCUGAGAAGGAGAAGGACAUUGCAGUCGCAACUUCUAAAGCUGAAGAGGUGUUGGCGGAUGUGACAGUAGUGGCCACAGCCGCUGAGAGAGUGAAGGCAGAAGUGGAAGAGGUGAAGGACAAAGCUACGGCCAUUGUCAGGGAGAUAGAAGCUGAUAAGGCUGUCGCCGAGGAGAAACUAGAGGCUGCCAGACCUGCUCUGGAGGAGGCUGAAGCCGCGUUGCUGACCAUCAAGUCAACUGACAUUGCCACUGUGAGGAAACUUGGCAAACCGCCAUACCUCGUCACCCUAAUCAUGGACGUUGUUUUGAUCCUGUUUCAACGUAAAGUCGACCAAGUUAGGCCUGAUCCCGAGAAGAACUUUCUGUUCCCUAAUUGGGCUGAGUCGUUGAAGGUAAUGGCUGACACUCGGUUUCUGUCGAACCUUCAGAACUUUCCGAAGGACAAGAUCACUGGCGAAAUGGUUGACUUGAUGUUGCCCUACUUGGACAAUCCUCUCUACACGUACGACAAUGCGAAAGUGGCUUGUGGCAAUGUAGCCGGUCUACUGCAGUGGACCACUGCCAUGAAGUCCUUCUACAAUGUCAACAAAGAUGUUCUGCCUCUCAAGGCAAACCUUGCAAUACAACAAAACAGGUUCAACAUUGCGUCCAAAGAGUUGGCAGAAGCUGAGAAAAUGCUUGCGGCCAAAGAAACUGAACUUUCAGCAGCACAAAAACUGUUUGACACUGCCAUGGCCUCCAAACAGGAAGUGUUAGAUGUUGCCAAUAAAGUCAAGUCAAAAAUGGACGCAGCUUCUGCGUUGAUCAACGGUUUGUCAGGAGAACAGGUGAGGUGGACGGAGCAGUCGCAGAUGUUCAAGGCGGAGACUGAUCGUCUAGUAGGAGAUGUCGUGUUACUCACCGGCUUCCUAUCAUACACUGGUCCGUUCAACCAGGAGUUCCGCACAUUGCUGAACACUACCUGGUACAAUCAACUGGUCAGUCGCAGCAUACCUGUGACCCCCAACCUGAACCUGACUGAGAACCUGGUGGACACUCCGACUAUUGGGGAAUGGAACCUACAGGGGCUACCGAGUGAUGAGCUGUCUAUACAAAACGGCAUCAUUGUGACCAAAGCAGCCAGGUUCCCUCUGCUCAUAGAUCCCCAGAGUCAAGGCAUCGCGUGGAUCAAAAAUAAGGAGAAGGAGAACAACUUGCAGGUGACAUCCCUAAAUCACAAAUAUUUCCGCAACCAUAUUGAAGAUUGUCUGUCUCUCGGACGACCUAUGCUUAUUGAGGACGUCCUUGAAGAAUUAGACCCUGCUCUUGACAAUGUGCUAGAGAAAAACUACAUCAAAGUAGGAACUGCUCUAAAAGUCAAAGUGGGUGACAAGGAAAUGGAUGUUAAUAAAGAUUUCCGGCUCUACAUCACUACUAAGCUAGCAAACCCCGCGUACUCCCCAGAGAUAUCUGCAAGAACCAACAUAAUUGACUUUACUGUCACAAUGAAAGGCUUGGAGGACCAGCUGUUGGGUCGGGUGAUUUUAACAGAGAAGAAAGAACUGGAGUUUGAAAGGACCUCGUUGAUUCAGGACGUUACAGCUAACAAACGGAAGAUGAAGGAAUUAGAGACUAAUCUUCUGUACAAGUUGACAACAGUGCAAGGAUCCCUAGUGGAUGAUGAGAGUGUGAUAGCAGUAUUGAACGUAACUCAGACAACGGCUGCAUCAGUCCGUGAGAAGCUGAAGAUUGCCGCAGCAACAGAAGCUAAAAUCAACACAGCUCGAGAGGAAUUCAGACCUGUAGCUACUCGUGGAAGCAUCCUUUACUUUCUCAUUGUAGACAUGUCCAUGGUGAACUGCAUGUACCAAACGUCUCUAGUCCAGUUUCUAGAGAGGUUUGACAUUUCGAUGGCGAAGUCCGAGAAAAGUUUGGUCGCUCAGAAGCGAAUUAAUUUCAUAAUAGACUACCUCACUUAUGAAGUGUUCAAAUACAAGUGCCGAGGGUUGUACGAAAGUCACAAGUACAUGUUCACACUGUUGCUCACUAUGAAAGUGGACUUGCAGAGAAAAGCUAUAACGCACGAAGAGUUUCAGAACUUUAUCAAAGGAGGUUCUGCACUGGACUUGAACGCUUGUCCGGCCAAACCGUGUAAAUGGAUAACGGAUUCUGUUUGGCUCAAUUUGGUCCAGCUGUCAACCCUGCCACAUUUCAAGUUUAUCUUGAAUCAAGUACCUCAGAGUGAAAAGUAUUGGAAGGUUUGGUUUGACAAGCCUGCACCGGAAGAGGAACCCAUGCCCGAUGGGUAUGAAGCUUUGGACCCGUUCAGAAGACUGCUCAUGGUGAGAGCCUGGUGCCAGGAUAGAACUCUGGCACAGUCCAAGAAAUAUGUCGCCUCGAGUAUGGACACUCGGUACACAGAGCCCGUGAUCCUCAACAUUGACGUGCUGUGGUCAGAGUCGAGACCUUUGACUCCGAUGAUUGGGCUACUCAGCAUGGGCUCAGACCCCACACCACUGAUAGAGAGCGCUGCUAAACGUCACGAGUUUGAGUGCAAAUCUAUCUCCAUGGGACAAGGACAGGAGGUGCACGCGAGGAAGUUGGUCGCCAACUUUAAGGAAAAUGGUGGCUGGGUAUUGCUGCAGAACUGUCAUCUGGGCAUUGACUACAUGAGUGAGCUGUUCAUGUUACUGGCCGAGGCAGACAAUGUCCACCCAGAUUUCCGGGUGUGGAUAACCACAGAGCCUCACUUGAGGUUCCCCAUAUCUCUACUGCAGAUAUCAAUCAAAUUCACCAAUGAACCGCCUCAAGGUAUCAGAGCCGGCCUGUUGCGGACGUACGGCAACAUGAGUCAGGAUCUCUUGGACUACAGUGGAGCUCAGCAGUAUCUGCCCAUGAUAUACGCUCUGUCCUUCCUACACACAGUGGUGCAGGAAAGACGCAAAUUUGGACCGCUCGGAUGGAACAUACCAUACGAGUUCAACUACUCGGACUGGUACGCUUCAACAUUGUUCAUACAGAAUCACUUGGAUGACAUCGACCCUAAGAUUGGAAUAAGUUGGAAUACUGUCAGAUACAUGUUGGGAGAGGUGCAGUACGGAGGAAGAGUGACGGACGACUAUGACAAGAGACUGCUCAACACAUUCACCAAAGUUUGGUUCUCAGAGGCAAUGUUUGCAGAAGACUACCGCUUCAACACUGGCUACGGAAUAUUGGUGUAUAGGAAUCUGAAUGAGUAUUUGGAAGCUAUCGAUAACAUGAGUCCAACUGAUCCCCCUCAAGCUUAUGGGCUUCACCCCAAUGCGGACAUAACGUACCAGAGCAACACCACCACAGCACUGUUGGACACCAUCAUGUCUAUACAGCCAAAGGAGUCGGGUGGAGCAGAGGGGGGAGAGUCUAGAGAGAGUGUUGUGACUAGGCUGGCACAAGAGAUGCUCAGUAAGCUGCCUAAGGACUAUGACCCGUUUGAGGUCAAAGAAAGAUUAAAGAAAAUGGACCCUCUUAAUUCUCUGAAUAUAUUUUUGCGACAAGAAAUUGAUUGGAUGCAGAAAGUUAUUACUGUGGUGAGAAAAACUCUGAAAGAACUGCUGCUGGCAAUUGAAGGCACUAUAAUCAUGAAUGAGCAACUGCGCAACGCUCUGGACAGUAUUUACGACGCCAGAGUGCCCGACAGCUGGAAGCGUGACUCCUGGGCCUCGUCAACGUUAGGCUUCUGGUACACAGAGCUACAGGAACGCAACACCCAGUUCUCCAACUGGGUGUUUGUCAAACGUCCUCCACAGUUCUGGAUGACUGGCUUCUUCAACCCUCAAGGGUUCCUGACGGCCAUGAGACAAGAGGUAGCCAGGGCACACAAAGGUUGGCCUCUGGACUCUGUCACUUUACACAACGAAGUGACAAAGUACAGCAAAGAGGAGAUCAGACAGCCUCCACCAGAAGGAGUGUAUGUAUACGGACUGUACUUGGAUGGAGCUGGGUGGGAUAAGAAGAACAAUCGACUGACAGAGUCUUCGCCGAAGGUCCUGUCAGUGAUGAUGCCUGUGGUGCAUCUGUUUGCCAUCAACAGUACUGCUCCCAAGGACCCUAAACUGUAUCAGUGUCCUGUGUAUAAAAAACCAAACCGUACUGACCUGACGUUCAUCACUCCUCUUUGGCUUCAGUGCAAGUUCACGCCUGAACAUUGGAUAUUGAGAGGCGUGGCUCUACUGUGUGACAUCAAAUAAAUGAUAUGUCUAAAAAUGUAAAUCAA